UAAUACACAAAAUAUUCAUUAUUCAAACACCAGCACCACUCGACUACUUCUUCUUUGGUCAUCUUCUAGAGUCUCCAACCCCCCCUUUUAUUGCCGAGUCCAUUGCACCGUUUCAGAGACUUUUACACAUCUCUCUCUAUCUCUCUCUCUCUCUUCUCAUUUCCUUUGCAUUUAUGGCCAAAGGAAGUGGACUAUCCAUUGAUUCAGCAGAUCCAUUUGGGUUCUUUCCACACCGGCCAAUAGUACUCAACUCAUUCCCUGAAGACAGCAACAACAACAACAACAUCAUCAGCAGAAAUAUUCACAAGUGGAAGCUCUCUACCAUGGAUGCCACGCUCAACAGGUCGCCUCCUUCAUCCAGUACUAUCCAAUUCCCACUCAACCUUAACUGCUCCCAUCACCACGAAGAUUCUCCUCCGCUGUCCGAUGAUAAACGGAUGGUCAUCGAUGAGAUGGACUUCUUCGCCGAGAAAAGCCACGACAACGAGGCUUUCUCUACCGAUAAAAAAGAUUUAGACUGUCCGACCUCGUUAGAGUUUAACGUUAACACUGGCUUGAAUCUUCUUACUACGAACACCAGUAGCGACCAAUCCAUGGUGGACGACGGCAUAUCACCGAACGUGGAAGAUAAACGAGCUAAAAGCGAGCUGGCUGUUCUUCAAGCUGAGCUUGAGCGAAUGAAGGCGGAGAAUCAGCGUCUAAAAGAGAUGCUUAAUCAGGUUACUACUAAUCACAAUGCCCUCCAGAUGCAUUUCGUUACUCUUACGGAUUCUCAGAAAGCCCAAAAGACUGAAGAAAAUGGUUUGGUAGAUGGGAAAGUAGAGGGUAAAAAUAUAGUAGUGCCAAGACAGUUCAUGGAUCUUAGACUUGCUACUAAUGGCGAUAUUGCUGAUGAGAAUUCGCUGUCUUCAUCGGAAGGGAGAAGCCACGAUCGGUCAGGAUCGCCGCCCGGAACUAACGGAGAAGUCAAGGCACCCAAGGAGGGGAUCGUGUUUGAUCAUCAGGAUAAGAAGGAAGAACAUGGUUGUAAAAUUGGGAGAGAGGAUAGCCCGGAUCAACAAGGAUGGACUCCUAAUAAGCUUCCUAGAUUCAAUUCUCCAAAAGAAGUCGAUCAAACGGAGGCCACAAUGAGGAAGGCCCGCGUCUCCGUUAGAGCUCGAUCGGAGGCAGCCAUGAUCACUGAUGGGUGCCAAUGGCGGAAGUAUGGGCAGAAGAUGGCUAAGGGAAACCCAUGUCCUCGAGCUUACUAUCGAUGCACCAUGGCCAAUGGUUGCCCAGUUCGGAAACAAGUACAAAGAUGUGCAGAAGAUCGGACAAUCCUGAUAACAACAUACGAAGGCAAUCACAGCCAUCCCUUGCCGCCGAACGCCAUGGCAAUGGCAUCCACAACAUCAUCAGCAGCAAAAAUGCUGCUGUCGGGGUCUAUGUCUAGCGCCGACGGGCUAAUGAACUCGAAUUUCCUCACAAGAACACUCCUGCCAUGCUCCUCCAGCAUGGCAACAAUCUCAGCAUCAGCUCCAUUUCCCACUGUUACAUUGGAUUUAACUCAAUCCCCCAACCCAUUACAAUUCCAAAGGCCACCAAGCCAAUUCCAAAUCCCAUUGCAGCUGCCUCAAAUAUUUGGUCAAGCACUUCAAAACCAGUCAAAAUUUUCUGGUCUACAGAUGUCACAAGACAUGGACCCUGCCCAUUUGAGUCACCAGCUACAAGCAUUGCCGAUGAACCAGGCGCAGCAAAACUCGCUUUCCGACACGGUUUCCGCCGCCACCGCCGCCAUUGCGGCGGAUCCCAACUUCACUGCGGCGCUUGCAGCAGCCAUCACUUCUAUUAUUGGUAGCAAUAAUGCUAACCUCACAAACACCGCCAACAGCAAUGGCAACAAUAUUACUAGUACUACUAGCAACAGCAAUUCAAGUUUUCAAGGCAAAUAAGGCUACUUUUCUGUUUAAUUUCCUUUUCGGGGCCAAAAAAUGAGACUAUACAUGUUCAUUUUCUUUGUUUUUCUUCA